AUGUUAUCCAGAACUAUCAUCAAACCCACAGUGUUUGCACGCAGCUUUGCAUCCACGGCAAUCGUAAGAAAUUCGGAGUUGGCCAAGCCUACAGACUCCGCUGGAAAAGAAAUUGUGUCUGGUGCUCCAAGAGAUCUUGUCACGAGUAGAGUGGUGAGGAUAUACCAAGAAGCCAAACCUGCCACUCAGUCGGGCCACCAUAAUGGGGACCAUUGGAAAUUGGACUGGGACGUUUUGGGUAAAGGUAACAGGUGGGAAAACGAUUUGAUUGGUUACCAAUCAUCUUCCGACUACAUGCAGGGAACUAUAAUGAAGUUUGACACUAAAGAAGCAGCAAUCAGAUUCGCUGAAAACCAGGGUUGGGAUCAUUAUGUGCAAGAGCCUAAGAAGUUGCACUUUAGAAAGAAAGAAUUCGAGCAACGGAGGGAAAGAUAUGAGUCCUAUAGACCAGACCGGUCAAAUGUGUCUCAUUCCAACGGGAUUCGAAAUACUGAGUUACAGGGUGCAGUUGAUAGUCAACGGCAAUCACAUAGUAGUCACCACCGCGACAGAAACGACCAUUCAAGACUACCUCAAAGUCGACUGUCGCGAUGGGACUCUGCUGAAAAUUCAGGCAGAAACACACCCGUGUCUGCCAGUAGCAACAGUGUGCAAAUAGUGAACAAUACAGGCACCGAUAUGAGCACGGGUGUUAACCAAAAAGAUUUGGUGUACACCAAGCUCGCCCACCAUCGAGAAUUCACAAAUCCACUAGAGUCCUCAAAGAAGAUGGAAGGUGGAAAACACUACAAAGUGGUGUACGAUCCAGAACUCGAUCCUAGCCUUGCAAAGAUAGACCUCAAAACAAAGUCCAAAAAAGUACGAUUCAAUGGGGAAGGCGUUGACUUGCCACGAGACCCUCGACUAGCGAACUUGAACAAUUAUUUACUGAAGCCAAAUAAGAAAUCCUCAAAAUUCCCGUUCAAGCAACUACCUCGGGCCAAGUUUGUUUGGGAUAACGACUCACUUGGUGACGCACCACGCACCACUUUGGUGCUCUGGGAUCUUCCAAUAAGCGCUAACGAAACCUAUUUGAGAAACUUUCUUGCCAGUUUUGAAUCUAAAAUUGAAAAUUUGAAAACAAUCGACGACCCGAAGUUUGGAGUUCCUUUAGGAGUUGCAACUUUCAACUACCCAGGCAGUAUCGAGAAGGCAAGCUCAUUGGCAGAGAGUUUUAUAGAGACCGUGAAGCGGGAUUCCGUAAAGAUAAACGGUUCUUCUUUGAAAGUAGCUUUGAACGACAGCAAGGAUGACCUAUUGAAUCUGAAAGUAAAUUUAGCAAGAGGUAAACUUAUACAACAACAAAAACGGCAGGAAGAGGAGGAGAAAAAGCAGAUUGCUUUGAAAGUUGAAGAACAGAAGAAAAUAGACGAACAAAGGCUUGCUGAAGAGCAAAAGAGACGGGAUGAAGAGAGGGCCAAAGAAGAAGCUGAAAAAUUGCUGAAUAAGCAGCUCGGUACAACUCUAUCGUCUGAUGCUUUUGCCACCAAAUACAAACCUGACUCCACUGUGCUAUCCACGAGACACGGAAACAAGGUUGUCCCAGGAACUUUUUUGCCACAUGAUUUGUCAAAAUAUGUGAAAAACAGGCCGUAUUUGCUUAUCCGUGACAAGUACCUUUCGACAAAAAACGCUUCGUCACAGGAUUUAAAGCGCAUAUUGAAGAAAUACGAUUGGACUCGAAUAUUGUCAGAUGCAACUGGAUUCUAUGUUGUUUUCAAUUCAUUGAGGGAGUGUGACAGAUGUUUCCACAACGAGGAUUGUCGUCGAUUUUACGAGUACAAAUUGGUUAUGGAAAUGGCUAUUCCAGAGAAUUACCAAGAAACAGACAAGGAAGGUGAUUUGAGUAACGGAGUUUUGAGUGAAGCUACAAACAUUUUGAUCAAGGAGUUUGAGACAUUUUUGGUCAAGGAUAUUAGAGAAAGAAUCAUUGCUCCACAUGUACUAAGUCUCUUGAAUCACGAUCGAUAUCCUGAGUUGGUCGAAGAACUCAAGGCAAAAGAGAAAGAACAAGCAUCCAAACCGAAGCCGACUGUCUCCAACUUUGAUUUGAAACAGAAUGCCAUGACCAUAUUGGAGAAGCAGAAAAAGGAUUUGCAAGAAAAAAUACCCUAUUUUCGAAAAGCAGAAGAAAGACUCAAGACCAGCAGGAGGGGCAGUAAGCGCCCUAUUAUACCGAUGCUGCAUGCAUUGAAUCUUGAUGAGGAUGAAGAGAAUGAAGUAGACGACAUUUUUGAGUCCGUUAGUGGAUCAGUCACUCCAUCUGCCGAGCCACUCAAAAGGGUUCGAAGCUCAACAGCCACCAGCGUAGUGGAGGAUUCUGACCUCGAUGAGCCUGCUAGUAAGAGACACAAGUCGAAAUUACAAGAAUCGCACGAUGUGGUUUCCUCUGGAGAUGAACUGAUGGAAGAGUCUGAUGUGGAGGAGGUUGAUGAUGAUGAUGAUGGUGCAGAUGAAGACAUAGAGAUUGAACCUCCUGCGGCCAUCCUAGACUCCAAAUACGGUCCUACAGAAGGCAAGCCAAUGACGGUAUAUCCUGUACCUUCGUCAUCCACAAUUGUGAACUUGAAAUCGCUUCAGGAGAACAUAGUAGACUCCGAAGAUUUGGAAUUGGCCAACUCGGUUUUAGCAGACAUCAAGGAAUCGAAUAUUGCCCACAUGGACUACUGGGCGUGGAAACAAAUUGCAAGUGAAUCGGCAUCUCUCGAGGUCGAUGAACAUGAAGAUGCGGUGGACGAGCUACCAUCAAGACUUGACUCAACCACUGGUUCAUUCAAAAGUGAUGGCUUUAAAAAGAUUUCAGAAAUUGACAAGGUAGAAUAUUUGCCUCACCGUAAGAAAGCAAACAAGCCAAUCAAAACUGUACAAUACGAAGAGGACGACGAUGAAAAACCGGCAGAUAACAGUAAUGUGUUGCAGAGCUCUAGAGUCAAUAGGGCCAACAACCGAAGAUUUGCUGCUGAUAUUACAGCUCAAAUCGGUUCAGAGUCGGAUGUCAUGUCUUUGAACGCACUCACCAAGCGUAAAAAGCCUGUAACUUUUGCUAGAUCAACCAUUCACAAUUGGGGUCUUUAUGCUAUGGAACCUAUUGCAGCAAAGGAAAUGAUCAUUGAGUAUGUUGGGGAGAGAAUUAGACAGCAGGUUGCAGAGCAUCGAGAAAAGAGUUACUUACGAACUGGUAUCGGCUCCUCUUACUUGUUCAGGAUUGACGAAAACACGGUGAUUGAUGCUACAAAGAAAGGAGGUAUUGCCCGAUUCAUUAACCACUGUUGCAACCCCAGUUGUACUGCCAAGAUUAUCAAAGUUGAAGGUAAGAAACGUAUCGUGAUUUAUGCACUCAGAGACAUUGAAGCAAAUGAAGAGCUUACCUACGACUACAAAUUUGAAAGGGAAACAAACGAUGAAGAGAGAAUCCGUUGUUUAUGUGGUGCCCCCGGUUGCAAAGGUUACCUCAAUUGA